AUGAGCUUACGUAUUGUUAAAGGUAUUUCAGCCUCAGACGACACAAUCACAGCGUUGCAUUGGGGUAGCCUAGGCUUAGUAGCUGGAUCAGUAACAGGAGAUCUCUUUGUUUGGCCAGUUGAUAUGACUCCAGAUGGCGGCUUAUGCCAUUUAAAUGAUUACCAGUUCUAUGAUACUCAUAAAAUGGCUGUUUCAUCUAUUUCUUCUAUUGAAGAUCUUGUUAUUUCAAUUUCUCUCGAUGAAUCAAUUUAUGCAACAAAAAUUGUUAACAAUACAUUAGUUGAAGAAUCUGAAAAGAAACCUCAACACGUAGGACAAAGAAUAUUAACAGAAAUUAAGGAACCAUUUAGCGUGCAAACAGUUCCAAAUCUUGGCUUAAUAUUUAUCUCAACAUUAGAGGGCUUUGUCUAUGCAGUGGACAAAGAAUUCAAUAUUAAAGCUAAAAAACAAUUAAUUAAUUCAGAAAUCGUCGCUUUAUCUGUACACGGUCCUUCUAACCGUGGCGCAAUUAUUGGAUCACGCGAUCUUAUAUUAUUCGACUUAUCUACAUUAGAAAUUGUUAAAAAGCUUACAAUUACAGCAGAUAACCUGGAUUCUCUUUGUUUCUCAACAGAUGGCCUUUCAAUUCUUAUUACAACAACAGAAGGAACACUCAGAAUCGUUGAUACAAUUGCCUUUAGAGAAGUUGGCUGCCAGAAAAUUGAUAUUGGCGAACUAAACGAUCUUGCACCAAUUAACUAUGGUAAGAGAUACAUAGUUGCUGGAAGUGAAGGAAAGGUUGGCGUUUUCAACCUUAACCAUAUGAUAAAAGAGACAGGAAUCAAAGUUACCAGCGGAUUAGUGAAAUGCGUUGCAGUUCAACAGGAUGAUAUGAAGGUUGCUGUUGCUGGUGCUGAUAAUAUGAUUACUUUACUCGAUUUUAACUAA